GGUAUAAAGUUCCGAAGGCUGCUGCCGCCGACUUCCAUUCCACGAUGCUGCGCCACCUGCUCCGCCACGAGAACAACAAGCUCUUCGUCCUGAUCCUGCUCUACUGCGUCCUGGUCAGUCUGCUGAAGCUUUGCUCCGCCCAGGCGGAUAAUGCGGUCUCUUCUUCUGACAAUGAUAUCACGCAUCUGGGGGACGACUGCCAGGUGACACCAGUGAUACAUGUCCUGCAGUAUCCAGGCUGUGUGCCCAAGCCCAUACCCUCGUUCGCCUGCGUGGGUCGCUGUGCCAGUUACAUACAGGUCUCCGGCAGCAAAAUCUGGCAGAUGGAGCGCUCGUGCAUGUGCUGCCAGGAGUCCGGUGAACGUGAGGCCGCCGUCUCGCUUUUCUGCCCCAAGGUGAAGCCCGGCGAGCGGAAGUUCAAGAAGGUCCUGACCAAGGCGCCCCUGGAGUGCAUGUGCCGACCCUGCACCUCCAUCGAGGAGUCUGGAAUUGUGCCCCAGGAAAUCGCUGGCUAUUCGGACGAGGGUCCUCUAAACAAUCAUUUCCGGCGUAUUGCCCUGCAAUAGAUCACACGUCUCGGUCACAUAACUAUAAACUUUGAAAUAAAUUAAAUUUGCCGUA